AUGAGCAAUUCCCAAGCCAUUUUCUUGCAGAAGGGCCCUUUUUGUACUCCGACCAUUAUCACACCUCAAGUUGGUCUCUGGAGAAACAAUUAUUCACGGCUCUUAGUCAGAAAGGAGCAUAAUUUACAACUAAGGAUUUCUGAAUUAUCAGGAAGACUUCGGGUGCAUUGUGUGAUGGAGAAAGAAACUGAUCUGAGCACUUCAACAUCGGUUGACACAGCGACAGAGUCAUUGCAGGAAGCUGAUGUGAGGGAGCCCAGUGUAUCCACCAUCUUGAUGAACUUUGAGAACAAGUUUGAUCCUUAUGAUGCAAUGAGUGUGCCACUAUACCAGACUGCUACAUUUAAGCAGCCAUCAGCAACAGAAAAUGGCCCUUAUGACUACACUAGAAGCGGGAAUCCUACUCGGGAUGUUUUAGAAAGCUUGUUGGCAAAGCUAGAUAAAGGGGAUCGAGCACUUUGCUUUACAAGUGGAAUGGCUGCCUUAGCUGCUGUCAGUCAUCUUUUUGGAACUGGGGACGAAAUUGUUGCUGGAGAUGACAUUUAUGGUGGAUCUGAUCGAUUGUUGUCACAAGUGAUCCCAAGAAGUGGAAUUGUGGUGAAACGAGUGAAUACGAGUAGCCUGGAAGAGGUCGCCUCUGCAAUGGGGCCUCGGACAAAGCUUGUGUGGCUGGAAAGCCCAACAAAUCCACGUCAACAAAUUUCUGAUAUCCGUAAAAUUGCAGAGAUAGCUCAUGCAAAUGGUGCUCUUCUUUUGGUGGAUAAUAGCAUUAUGUCUCCUGUUUUGUCACGACCAUUAGAGCUUGGGGCAGACAUUGUAAUGCACUCAGCAACUAAAUUCAUAGCGGGGCAUAGCGAUCUUAUGGCGGGGGUACUUGUUGUCAAAGGAGAAAGCUUGGGGAGGAAUUUGUAUUUCUUGCAAAAUGCAGAGGGCUCGGGUCUUGCCCCGAAUGAUUGCUGGCUUUGUUUGCGAGGUAUUAAGACGAUGGUAUUGCGUGUUGAGAAACAACAGGAUAAUGCACAGAAGAUAGCUGAGUUUCUUGCUUCCCAUCCCCGAGUUAAAAGAGUCAACUACGCCGGGCUUCCUGAUCAUCCUGGUCGCGAACUGCAUUACUCCCAAGCAGAGGGUGCAGGAUCGGUGCUCAGUUUUCUGACAGGAUCGCUGGCUCUCUCAAAGCAUAUCGUGGAGACCACCAAGUAUUUCAGUGUGACAGUCAGUUUUGGGAGUGUGAAGUCGCUCAUAAGCAUGCCAUGCUUCAUGUCGCAUGCAAGCAUCCCUGCCGCAGUCAGAGAAGCCAGAAGCCUGACCGAGGAUCUUAUACGAAUCUCUGUUGGGAUCGAGGAUGUGGAUGAUCUAAUUGCUGAUUUGGACUUCGCCCUGAAAACUGGACCAAAACUGGACCCGCUGCAUAGAGCUCCAUCACUUUUCAUGCACCUCUUUUUUUCUUCCUUUCGUCGUUCCAGGAGACACUAA